CCGCGUCUCGUGAUCACACGCAACAGAAGCAGCAGGACGAGGUGAGUCGCGGCAUAAUUUACUAGUCUAGAGUCUGAGCUGCUUCUUAUCUACAUUAACCAACGCACGAACGAUAAGUGGGAACAUGGAGAACGUCAUGAAGUAUAUUUGUCUUUUAUUGUGUUUUAGCCCUGUCUUUGCUGAAAUUAUCUGUGACUAUCAAACCCAGUAUAAGAAGAAUGGCAAAUGCUGCAAAAUGUGCGAGCCAGGGACACGGAUGGUACCUAGUGACUGCCUAAACCCAGUCUGUACUCCCUGCGGAAACAACGAGUACAUGGACUCUUACAACAAUGAAACAUCUUGCAACAGACAGCCCUACUGUGACAAAAACCUCAACUUUAACAUGUCACAAUCGCCAAGCCCAACCAAAUACAGGCCCUGCAUGUGCAAGACUGGAUACCACUGUUCAUCGGAGCAAUGCUUUUCAUGCUUGGAGCACACGACGUGCAAACCUGGAGAGGGAGUAGUCAUCCAAGGCAGUGCCACAGCUGAUGUGGUCUGUGGACUCUGCCAAUUGGGAACCUUCUCCAACCAGACAUCAGCAGUCGAUGUAUGCAGACCAUGGACAAAUUGUCCACCUGGAUUCUAUGAAAACGUACCAGGGACCAAUAUAUCAGACAGAGUGUGUGAGAAUGGAAGAGGGCGAUAUUUUGCAAUCGCUAUUGUUGUCAUCACCAUUAUUCUUGCUGCAGUUUGUUUCAUUAUUUAUAUAUUGAAGGAUAAAAUAAAGAGACUGCUUUUGUGCAAUCAGAAAAAACCUCAACUAGGUAAUCUCUUGGACCAAACGGAGCCUAAAAUGAAGGCUGAGGAGAACGAAUACAACCAAGACCAUCUGACAGAAAAUAACAACCCGCUGGCCCAAGAGGAAGGCAAGGGGGAGCAUUUGCCCAUGCUUGAUACGAAUCUCGUGUGAAGCAGCCUGCUUGCUGCCUGGUGUUUUUCCCGGCACUGCGGAGAAGCGCCUCCCUUUAAAUACGAUGCGACAAAGACAAAAGACCAUGGGCCCUAAUUUAAUGAUCUGAAGCGCACGGCACAAGUUCAUUUUGGGGCGUGUCCAACCCACUUUUACUAGUUUAACGGCAGAAAGAUAGUCACAGCACCAGGUGCGUGGUCCAAAAGGGAUGUUCUUAGUUACGCAAUUAGUCACGUUAACAUGCUAUAAACCAAUCUGAGUGUCAUUUCGCAUGUCCUUUACAAGCCAGCGUGCUCGCACCUUAGGUGGUAGAAGACAAUGCUUCUCUUCCAUGUAGUGGCAAGUGUAAAAAAUGGUUGUAUGACUUUCUUUUUAUCAUGCAUCAUAUUGUGUAAUAAUAAUAUUUAUCUGAUAAUAUUGUUUAUCUGAUAAUAUUUAUCAGGGGCGGUUCUAGGGUUAGACCCAUUUGGGGGGGGGGGGGGGGGGCAAUUUUUAGAACCAUGAUUCAAUUUAUUGCCUGAUUAAUGGAAACUAGGGCGUCUUACCGAAUUUGCCUUUAUCACAUAAUCUGAUCCCAUGUGUUGCUUAGAGCAGCGAUUCCCGUUCCGGUCUUGGGGGGCUCCCAAGUCGGUCCAUGUCUUUGCUCCCUCCCAGCUCCCAGUAGGGUGUACAUAGCAGUACAUAGACAAAACUAAAGAGAAACUAAAAUACUGUGAACACCUUAAAGUAAAAAGCAGAUGAUUUUCAGCUCUAACUGAUGACCAUGUUGUGGGCCGUUUCGUAAAAAUGUCACCAAGAAACAGGUUGGUCCAAACUGGCAUUAGCAUUUCCGUUUCUGAUUGAACGCUGUUUUAUUCAUGUAACUUUAGGUCAGCAUAGAUACAGCUCGGAUGCAGUAGCUACGGCAUGCAGCAUUGCUUCCUGGCCAGUGCGAUUCAGCCCAGCCAGAACAAUGGUAGCAAUAUAUUUGCAUGCAUUUACUGCGAUUCCAUGUGCCAGUCUUGGUCUUCAAGGAGCAUGCGUUUGAAAAUGAGUCAAUCUAUGUAAUGCCAUGACAUGCACUGUCCACAUGGGGGUGCUAUAUUCCACGUCGAAACCUCGCAGCAAAGCAUUACCAACAGAGCUUAGGAGAUGUAGGGGAUGGGUUUCUGUAUGUGGACAUAGUGAUAGUGAUUUAUGUUAAUCAUGGUUGGUUUUUAGCUGUUCAUUGUAUAUAGUGCAUGUGCAUUUGUUAAGUGUUUUUUGUUGAUGUUCUUAACAUCUCAAAAUGUUCAGACUUCUUUGACAUAAAUAUUUAGACCAAUAAAAAUUUUGGUCUAAAAAUA